UCGCCUACGCCUUCGCCUUCGCCUACGCCUUCGUCCUCCGCCUUCGCCUCCGCCUCGCUACGUAGUGAGCAACAGAUAUUUAACCGUGCACGUUGCCAUAGAAGCGAUCGCCUCUCCGACCUCGUAGAAAGCGAAAAUGCAGCGUCCGGUCGUCGGUCACUGGAGAAAAAUCCUACUGCUCGUGUAUAGUUUGCCAUUAUUUUCAUACGCGACAUUGGCGGAUCACAUGAACGUGCAAUUGAUAGCGCCGCAGUAUAUAACGCAUGGCAGCACAGCCAUCUUGCUGUGCAAUCACACUGUCACGGACGACUUGCUACACAAAAUAGAAUUUAUGAAGGGCGAGAAGAGGAUAUUUCAGUACAUUAAGGAGAGGAAUCCGCCGUAUAUCCCGGACAAACCCGUAUACAUCGACGGCGCCAAAAUGGAGUUUUCAAAGAAUGGCACGACAAUCAAAUUGCACAAUGUGCGUUACGAAGCUUCCGGUAUCUAUUGCUGUGAAGUCACUAUGACAACACCUAUUUAUACUGCUAGCGCUGAUCCCGUACAGAUGAAAGUGAUAUUUCCACAAUCUGAGAAUCCUAGAAUUACGUUCAAGAAGAGUGUAUAUGUAGUAGGCGAAAGCCUGGAGGCAAAUUGUUCAUCCUCGCCUGCACAUCCAGUUCCUUAUAUAACGUGGUUCAUAAACGGCGAAGAGGUGGAUAUUGCUCUAGUGACACACUAUCCUCAUACAUCAUAUCAUAAGAAUCAUCUGAUGUUCGCUACUGCUAAACUGAAGGUGGAGGUUUCUGCGUUGCACGCUGGCCAAAAUGGGCAUCUUGAGAUCAGCUGUCAGGCAACAAUACCUGCAUUUCCCACGCACCACGAACAAUUUGCCGAUAUUAAAAAAAAGACGGUGUCGGUGCAAAUCAUACCAGCGCCGGAUGUGACGUCUUCCGCGGCGAUUCUCAUACGAGAACUCACGCUAUCUACAAUACUGUGCAUAUUGAGCGCAAUGCACGAGUUUAUUCCUUAAUAAAAGUCAAUUGUUCUAGGAUAAUUCGGCUGUAACAUAUCUAAUUGUAAGGAUGUUAAGGCGAUGAACAUAAGAUCGAACAAUCACAAUGUCUUCCUUCGAUAUAUCGAAAUACACGGGGGCAGCGGUUUUAUUGUCUUUGCAGAAAUUUUGUAAACUCAUAGACGCGGCUUCUUCGUGCGCAAACUAUUUUCGAUUAUUGCUUAUAAAACGAGCGUCGUCUGUCUCGCGAAACAUAUCAAUCCCAUUAUCAUGAGAAACAAUUUAAUGUCCGAAUAUUCGGCAAGGUGUGUCGGAAAGCUAUGUCUCUUCCUUCAAUACUGUUCGAAUAUACUUGUCAUAGAAUGCAUAUAAUAGGAUUUUGAAAAUUAUUAUCUGAAAGUUAAAUUAGAAAAGAAAAAAAUCGAGCUACACAAAGAUAUUUUUGUUCUAUAACAGAACAUAUAUAUAUUUGUAUUGUUGAAUUAGUUAACAUACCUUUGAAAAAAAAAAAACAGAGUUUAUUACAGUUUAAAGUAAAACAUACAUAGCUUUAUUGUUAACUAUAUAAAAAUUUGAUCUAUAUUAAAAUGUUAUCGAGAUAUCAUAUGAUGUAUUACAAACUGUAAUUUAUAUUUUAUUUUAAAAAAUGAUAUGGUUUUCCGAUACGCGUUAAUAUAACAUUUCAUCUAGUCUCGCCUCGCCGCUGGGGAAAUAAAAUGUUUUUUAAGCUAGCAAUACAUUCUUGUUACUGC